GGCACCGAGUAAGUGCCAGGACAAGCUGAAGCGCAAAUUGGAAAGAAACCUAAACGAUAUGCUUGUAAAUGAUAUGUUUGUAAAAACUAAAUGAUGUGCCUGUAUGCAGGGGGACAAGCAUGAUGUGAGUGGGACUGAAAAGCAAAAUACUCAGGGCUGCACAAACCAGGCAGGCUGCUCUGUGGGAGUCAAAAAUGCAGGGGGAGCUCCUUGUGCUGGGAUUUCUUCUGUGCCCAGGGCCAGACAGGAUGGAGAGGUCCCAGCUGCGGUGGCACAGCCCCUGCCUUCUCUGCCCGGCUCUGGAAGCAGCUGGGGUCACAGCAGCAGCGCCAACAUGACCAGCUCACCCACCGGCUGGAUGGGGUGAACAGGCAGGGCAGAGGCUACAGGCCCCCGGUGUGCUCAGGGGCUCGCUGGCGCUGUUGCUGACUCGCUGUCACAGGGCAGGGCAGGCAGCACUCUCUGCCUCAGUUUCCCCAUCAGGAGAGCAGAGAUCAAAGGGUUUGGUUUGCCUCAAGGCUGGAGGUGUGAGCCAGAAGUUCCUGAUGAGAGGUGUCUGGGGUGCCUGUGUCAGACCCUGGGAAUUUCAGAUUUCAGACAGCGCAGGGUAGGUCACAGCAGGCCCUCCUACCAUGGCAUUUCCUUUAUCAACUCCAGACACUUUGCUCAAGUCAGGGGCCAAGUAGAAAGCACAAAGGUCUGCUGAAGAGAGAACAGGUCCCCAAGGACAGCCGAAGCCCAGCUGGAAUGCUGGGGGCUGUGCUCCGCAAUGUACUUUGGAGGACUGAUAAGAGGCUGAGGCUUGAGUCCCAAAGUUUGUACAAACGCCCAGCAGAUAAGUGCACAUCACGAUGAGGCUGCAACAGAUAGGAGCCGGGACACAAUUUUAACCAGCAAAUGCAAAUCUCCCUGUCCCCAUCCCCCUCUGGCCUACAUGAGCCCCAUGCUGGUCAUAUUCGCUCUUAAAGCUCCUGAGAGAAAACACGAGCUUGCUGCUAAAACAUAAAGCUAAAACAUAAGCUAAAACAUAAAAAUUGAAAGUAGCUUACAAUUUGGAGGUAUCUUAAUGGAAUAUAAUCUCUCUCAUCUGCUUGCUCUCUUUUCCUCACUGUGCAUCAUCUACAUCUCUCUGUAGUUCUUGCUGACAUGAGCAGUGCAGUCCCCUCCGCUGAGCAUCCCAUGGCACAGACAUCACACACCACAGAGUACAGCUGGUCUCUGUACUUUUCCAUGUCUCCACUCUGAUGCAUUCCCAGUAUCACCCAGUUCUCCCAAAAGGCCAGCAAAGGAAUGGGAGGUGCCUGUGUUUUAUUCCUCUGAUGGUCUCAAGAGGUGCUGAUCGGCGUGGGGGUAGAAACUCUGCAGCGAGGACAGUUCAAAAGCCUGGCUUUCUAUCUGCUUUUUUCAGGGGUUGCAGUCACUGUCUGUGAAGGCUUCUUCUUUAUCAGUUUGUUCCUGGAGAUGUGUUUCACAUAUGAGCCUGACUCCCUGGCACACACCUGCUGGAAGCAAGCUAGACGCCCGGGGAGCUUCCAGAAAUUCCUGGGGUACACACUGCUCUCGGUGGCUUGCUUCCUGCAUCCCGUCCUCGUCUGGCACGUCACCAUACCUGGCUCCAUGCUGGUGCUCACCGCCCUGGCCUACUUCCUGCUGAGCAAGAGGAGCAAGAGCCCGGAGCACAAAGAGGCACAUCCCCAGGCGGGCCAAUAUGUGGAUCCUACAGCCACCACAGCAGCCUCAACCAUCGCUGGUGACACCGAGCAGACAUACACUUUCCACGGAGCCCAGAGGGAGCAGCACCGCUCGUUGCUGGGACACAUGAAGAGCAUCCUGAAGGGCAGCAAGGACAGGAGCCUGCCACCAUCAGCCCCUGCCCAACCAGAGGUCCCACCAGCUCCUCGCAAGCAAGUGCACUUCCAGGAAAAGGUGGUGCAGAUCAUCCCCUCUGUCAGUGAGAGCCUGGAUGACAUGGAGAGUGAGGCCGAAGAGACCACAUCAGACACAGCACCUAUCCUCACCCCUCCUGAUGCCCCUGUCGUCCUCACUCCCCUCGGCUCCACAGGCCUGUUUUGAGGGCUCACCAGCAGCAAGGAUGGGGCAGACACACUUCCUGGUGCUUGUGUCCCUCCUUGGGCAGCUGAAGGACCUUGUGCCAUGGGCAGCGCUGCCAUGCAGGCCAGAUCACCACAGACACCCCCAUGGGCCAACCCUGCAACCACUGAGGAGGACAAGGGGUGAGGAGGUGCAGCACCCAUACCCCAGCAUGGAGGGAUGGUCCUCCCUGCUCCCCUGCCUUCCCUGUUGUGGCUGUGUCACCCCUCCUGCAAGGGGCUGCAGGACAAAGGGGUCCUGCAUCUGGUGAUGGGCCCACGGUGGUCCCCAGCCCCUGUGACACCACACCCAGGGGACAGGCUUGCAGGGGAUGGUAAGGUUUCUCUACCCAGGGAAUCUCUACCCAGUGAAUCUCUCUCCAUGGACUUAUGCACGGCUCACCUCUGUGUUACAGCACUACAUGGCACUGCACAGCAGCAGCUCCUACCUAGCAUUGCAGCCCUGGCAUCUGCCUGUCUCAAGGCAGCAAGAGGUAGCACCAUCCUCCCAGAGCAGCCUCUGCGAAGGGCAGGUGUCUUCUGCCUGUCCUCACUGUGCUUGGAGGAGCUCAGGGAAACUUGGAGGCACAUCUGGGGCUGGCACCUGCUUAGUGUUCUCCCCCAAGACAUGCUCUGGGCCCACCAGGGAAAUCACCUCUGGCCUUGGGGACACCUGCCUGGGGCUUCCUGUUGUCCCCUGCCCAGACAGCACUCAUGAGUUUGAAGAGCUUUGGGAUGCUGUAGCAGCUCAAGUAACAAGGUUCAGCGCUGUGUUGUUGGCACAGCAGACUGUGUGCAAUUCCCUGUGCAUGUUAAUUAUGGGCCCCAGAGAGCAAAGGCAAUAAUAAAGUGACAAUGCUGCUGCACCGGUCCCCUCUAUGCCAGCUCUUCCCUGAAGUCUUCACCUCUGCCUUAAUCCUCCCAUAUUUUCUGCCCUUUGAGUACCAUUUACCUAUCAUCAGGCAUUUCUGUUCUGCUCAACCCACCAGGCAGGACCUGUCACCUCUCCAGGGUGCUCCCUUGGCAGUAUGGGGGCAGCCAGCCCAGAGCUUCUGUCUCUGCUCCUUGCCCCCUGUAGGAAGGAACCCACAAUUUAAUCAGUGCCUGCACAUACCCUCACCAAGACCAUCUCAUCAGCGUCAGGCAACUCUUUUUGGCUCCACGUGGAGAGGAGCUAGGGAACUGGGAUUGCUUGAAUGUGGGAUGUGAGACCACGUUGUCACUUCUGCUGCGACAAAAAACUGUGACUGCUCUGAGCCCAGACACAGAGCGCUGAGGUGAGGGGUGUUUAGGAGGGAAGAUCUCUGAGAUUUGCUUAGACUGAUUGUAAGGCAGAAAUCAGUGGGGCUGGAUGUUUUUCUUGGAAAUACAUUACUUUUUCUUUUAAAAUGUUCAGCUCUCUGAGUCACAAUCACUAUGUCUAUUUAGGAAAGCACUGUAUUUUGAAGGGAAGUGGGAAAAUGUGAAGUUAAAAUCAAAAGGCAAAUGAUAACCUACAUUUUAAUAAAUUCCGAUUAAGUUGCUCCUGA